GUAGUACGCUGUGUGGCCUUCUCUCAUUUGAAAAACUCGCUUAAGAUAAUGGGAUAAUUAGACGAAAAUUCGAAUUAGUCAGAUCAAUAUAUUUUAAGAAAAAAAGAAGUGGAAAAAACAAAAAACAGGAGGGAGAAAAGAAAGGAGCAAAGACGAGUACUUGAGAGUCGGUCUAGGGUGAAGAAAAUGAGGAGUAGAGCGACAAUUUGGCCGAUAUAUUUGUUAGCAAAAAAAUGGGAGAGAGACCACUUUUUUAGCUUCCUUUAGAUUUGCAUUUUAAACUUUGAAUCUUUAGAUUUUCUGUUAACUUCUUUCUUCAUCUUCUUUUUUAACUCUGUUCUCAAGUGUGUUUAUUCUCCAUUUUUUAAGUGAUCUGAUCAACAAUUAUAGUUUCAAAAAAAAAAAAAAAUCCAAGUCUCAGAUAGUAUUUCCAUAUUUAAAUACAAUCUUGCUGAAUUAUUAGGGGUACUCGUUCUUGUUUCAUUUUUAAGAAAAUAUAAAUUUUACUCCAUAAGCGUCAAGAUUUUCUGCAAUCUACAUAUGGGGAAUUGAUCUUUUUCCCUGUUAUAUUUGCCCCCUCAAAUCCUCUGUAUUUCAAGAAAAUCAUGUUCCUGUAAUUUGUUGGAUUCUGUGUUUAUAUAUACUAGCUUUUCAUUGUGUUUUACUUUAUAAAGAUAACAUUUUUUCUUGAUUUUAAUGGCUGAGGCAAUAAUGACUAUAGAAGAACAUACCAAUAGUAGCAGUGCCAGUGCCACUAAAAAGUUGAAGCAAAAAAAAGUUCCACAAAGAGGACUAGGUGUUGCUCAACUUGAGAGAAUUAGAUUGGAGGAACAACAUACAAAAGAUGAAAUUUUGCCACUAAAAAAUUCAAUUGUUUCAUCACAAGAUUCCUCUUUUAGCACUUUAAAAUCACCAUCAGCCUUGAAAAAUUGUGGCUUUAGACUAAAUUCAUCAACCCCUUUUCUUGAAAAUUUGAGUCUAAAGGAUUUGCAAUCUCCAAAACAAGUGAAUGUGAGUGAAGGUGAAAUGAAUUUGUCAGCAAUUUUGGGUAAUAAAGGGUAUGAUGAUUGCUCUAAAUUGUGUGGUAAUAUUAAGUACAGUUGUGAGGAAGAUCAGGAUGAGAAGUUAUACCAACAUGGUGUUGUUAUUCAGCCUCCAAUUUUCUCUAUACCACAAUAUCAGCAACCAGCUUGUUCUUCAUCAAUGAUGAAUAUCUCAUCAGGUAUUUCAUCAUCAUCUGUAAGAAAUUAUCAGAUGGAGCCCCCUUCAAACCAAAGUUAUCAGGGCUGUUAUUUACCCUUGUGGCCAGAGGAAGUGAAGAGGGUUGGCUUAAAAAGACCAUAUCCCUUUCCUCCCGAGUUCCCACCUGUCCCUGCAUUUCACUGCAAAUUCCCUCCGCACUAUGAAGGCACAGCAAAUUCAGACUCAACAACGUUUUUUAAAAGAGAAGUUCCUCUAAAAUCAAGAGCUCUGUUCGACUUAAAGCCAAGGAAUGUUGUCAGAGAAAAUAGAGCUCUCAAUGGAGAUUUUCUCACAUUGGCUCCUCCUGCAGCUAUUGGUGCAGAAAAUCAGCAAACUUUAUCAAAUUCAGCCCCUCGGAACAACGAGCGAUUUAAAUUCGAGACUGUACCCUUUCAAGAAGUUGCUGAAGAGCCUGGCACUAGGUCAGGCCUACACAGAUCAGUUCAACAACAUGUCUUCAGAUUCUUCCCAUCUCCGAACGUGCAAAUUGGCCAAGCAGGAAACAGAAACAAUUAUCAUGGUGAAGUAGGAGGAAAAGUUGAUCUCAAUCUUAAGCUAUAAAAGUUUAAUUCAGGCCAUAUACUUU